GGCACUUAGCGCUGUGGCAUCUUGCCCUCCCCCCAACUCCAUCACAUCGUAUCUGAUCGCACCCCUUUUAUUGCCCGUGCCUUCUCGUUGUGUGCUUUGGACGCUUUUACCCACAGACCUGGGUAUAAGGAUACCGAUCUAUGGCUACUACGGUGAUGCCCAUGAGUGCCAGGCUGGGUCGCUUAGAAGAGCCUAUUUUUACUCAGCUAAAGCCCGUCAUUGGGGGUGCGGGGCACUUCCAGUCCGCUGGGCAUCCUUCAUCAGGAGUUGCCAUGUUUGUAGAAGAUAUGAAAGGUUCGCGGAUCUUGCCCGAUGACAUGGUGCAGACCAGAUGUGAAAUGGAGAAGUAUCUUACGCCUCAUCCUCAACAGGUUAACAUUACACAAGAACAAAAGAAGUACAGGAGAGAUAGUGCAUCUGGCAUUGACCAGUUCUUUAAUGAUGGUGAUGGACUGCCUUACAGUAUAAAUAUGAAUGUCAUCCUUCCGGACAUCACUUACCUGAGAACAAAUCUAUAUAAACCCCCUAGACCGUCUGUGACCCAUAUCAAGACAGAGCCUGUCUUUAACCAGCAGAGUGUGUCUUCAAGUAAUCAGUCUCUUCCAGAAUUCACCAGCAUUUUCAGUUCUCACCAGAACAACGACUUAAAUAAUAUGUACAUCAAACAGGAGCUCCCUUCACCAGAAAUUCAAAUUCCGGCAAACCCUCAGCAUGGUCAGUUAUAUCAGCUGUUGAGUUCUCCUGAUAUAGAUAUGUCCAACUCUCCCAACCAGACUUCAGUAAUGGACAGUAUGAACAAUGCAUCCAUGCCUACAGAGAUGUCUUCAUUCAACACACUUUCAUCUCCUGUAUCACAGACUGCAAUAAAACAGUUUCCAGGUAUUCACCAGUGCUCGUACGGCAUGCCCAGUCAAUUCCUGCAACAACAAGAAGCAACCUACUUCCCUCCUUCACCCCCUAGCUCAGAACCUGAGAGUCCAGAUAAACAGGCUGAACUUCUUCAGACUAUAAACCCACCACCCUCAUAUGCAGCUACCAUUGCAUCCAAAAUGGCUAUUCACAACCCAACUUUACCGACAGCAGUGCCUAUGGCAUCUCCUGGCCUUCAGCCCGUGCGCUACAACAGAAGAAACAAUCCAGACUUGGAGAAGAGACGAAUCCACUAUUGUGACUAUCCUGGAUGCACAAAGGUGUAUACAAAGUCAUCCCAUUUGAAAGCUCACCUGAGAACACAUACUGGCGAGAAGCCAUACAAGUGCACAUGGGAAGGCUGCGACUGGAGAUUUGCUCGCUCAGAUGAACUGACACGUCAUUACAGAAAGCACACGGGCGCCAAACCCUUUCAGUGUCCAGUCUGCAACCGCAGCUUCUCUCGCUCUGACCACUUAGCCUUGCACAUGAAGAGGCAUCAGAACUAAGCAGAACUCUUUCAUCGAGGCUCUCCUUCUAUGCAAUUUCCGCUUUACUGCCUCAAAACUGAAAUAUACCCAUGAUAGCAAAUACCAGUAGGAUAAUUGCUGCCAGAAAUGACUCUUUUAAGCUACAUACACUUAUCGCAGAAGCAAAAGAA